AGCCUAUUUGUGUGUUAAUUUUUCAUGAAAGCAAAGAUACAGUGAAACAUUAGAAGAGAAGGAGCAAAGUCAUGGAAAAGAAAUAAAGGUGUGACAGACACAGCAAUUAGUCUAAUGCUCCUUGGGAUGCUUCAUCAGGCGAGUGACUGUGAUUGCAAUACAGACCCAGGAGACAGAUGCUCACCGUAUCAAAGGCAUUUUAGACAGACAAGGUGUCCCGGCUUAUACACAAGACGUGCUUCUCAACAUGUGAACCCAUCAGACAGCUGAGCAGAAUGGUGCAGCUUUCCUUAUAAGGCAAGAAGUUUUAAAGAUCAGAUUUUCCUUUCAUCCUUCCCCUGAGAGGUGGAUUUCAGAUUUCAGAGAGCUAUCAGGAACAUAUGAACUGACAGACCUCUCUAAGGACCAGCAGUCGGUUUGCUUUACAGAGGUCCAGCAUGAAUAUUAACUGUGCCAGUGGGACUGACCAGUCAAGAAAUCAAGAGUCCAGUCGCUCUGCAGAAAAUAUAACUCCUCCAAUCCAUGAUCCAGAAGAAGAUAGCCUGGCCCUAGGCAGCCAAACCCCUAGCAUUUCUUCAGUGCCCAGGAAUGAUGAUACCGAAUUCAGAUACGCUUCCCGCCCAGCAACUCCCCAGUUCAGUAACAUGUUACCCACCCCUGAAGAUACAACUGGCACUAAUUCCAAAGCUGGGAAUAAAAGGCAUCUAGACCAUUUUAUUGCUCAAGAACGAAAUGCAAGCAGCGCUAUGGGCUCCCCCAGUAGUUCACAAUCCCAGGCCCCGGAGAAAGUGACUCUUGUUGUAGACGGCACUCGGUUUGUUGUGAAUCCGCAGAUUUUCACUGCUCAUCCUGACACCAUGCUGGGAAGAAUGUUUGGAGCAGGUAGAGAAUAUAACUUCACUCGGCCAAACGAAAAGGGAGAAUAUGAAAUUGCGGAAGGAAUUAGCUCCACUGUAUUUCACACAGUGCUGGACUAUUACAAAACUGGAAUCAUUCACUGCCCCGAUGGAAUUUCUAUCCCUGAUCUCAGAGAUGCGUGCGAUUACCUCUGCAUCAACUUUGAUUUCCACACAAUCAAGUGUCAAGACCUAAGUGCUUUGUUGCACGAACUCUCUAAUGAUGGCGCUCACAAGCAGUUCGAUAACUACCUGGAAGAGCUUAUUCUGCCCAUAAUGGUGGGUAGUGCCAAGAAAGGAGAACGCGAAUGCCACAUUGUAGUAUUAACAGAUGAAGACACAGUGGACUGGGACGAAGACCAUCCACCUCCAAUGGGAGAGGAAUACUCACAAAUUCUUUACAGUUCCAAGCUGUACAGAUUCUUCAAGUACAUUGAGAACCGUGAUGUUGCAAAAACCGUCUUAAAGGAGCGUGGGCUGAAAAAUAUUCGAAUUGGCAUUGAAGGUUAUCCCACCUGUAAAGAAAAGGUCAAGAGGAGAUCCGGAGGCCGGUCAGAAGUUAUCUACAACUAUGUGCAACGGCCGUUCAUCCAGAUGUCUUGGGAAAAGGAAGAAGGAAAGAGCCGUCACGUUGACUUCCAGUGUGUUAGAAGCAAAUCUCUAACAAACCUGGUGGCAGUAGGAGAGGAUGUUUCAGAAGACCAGGAACUUCUGAUGCAUCAUCCACCCCAGGUGGAUGAACUCGAUAGGUUAAAUGCACCAUUCUCACAAAUAGUUCCUAACGAUCUGCCGGAUUAAUACAGACUAAGGGGUCUGCGGGUUCCCACUAGGGCUCCUGUGUUGGGAAAUUUCUCAGCAUCAUUUAUCCCAGGACACGGGACACGCUCUCUUGCAAGGUGGUUUAUCCUUGUAGUCGCUCUUAUUAUAGUGGAAUAUUUCAAGCAUGUUAAUAAUGAGCUAUGGUCCCUAAAUCUAACGGUGCAGUUGCAAGCAGAGUCUCCUUGAAAAGGAAGGGCUGGAAGCUCUUCCCAGCUGGAGGUUUUGAGAUUCCCCAGGUGCCUGUGCCCACAUGGAUUGGUGGUGGUUGAGCUUUACCUAAACCUGUGAAAAACAGAACAACUUGUUCAGCAUGAGAAGGGGAAUUCCAUGAAUAUUAGCAUCAAACGAGAACUGCAUUAGACGCUUGCCUUCGUUUUAACGAUAAUCCCUCAGUUACAACUGGCACCGUGAGACAGAUUCCAUUUUUCCAUCCAAGCACAGAUGUGACACCGUGGUGUCAAGGAAUCUGUGUGCACCACCAGUAGGCUUUGCAUCUGGCACGUAUACUACUGUACUCUAGAAGGGUGGAGCUAGUUUAACAAGUAGCAUUCGGAUGGUCGCAGGCUCCUUUACAAUUCUGUGCAAGACAGAAUCACCUCUUUGUAUUCAGGACAAGGUGGUGGUGUGGAAUGAAAACAAAUCUAGAUAAUAUUUUACCAAAUAAAUCCGUCUGACAGCCUGUUAAAUGCGUGAAACUGCUUUAGUGAUGGCUCUUUACCCGAAGAACCACUGCUUCUUGCUGCACACGCAUGCUAAGCCAGAGUCUCUCAGCUCAGCAAUUUACCUUGGCAGAACCUGUAGGUAGUUUUUUCUUCCUCUUUUAUAACUGCUGCAGCUAUUUGCCCAUGGGAGCACCCCACACCCAUCCGAUUGCAGAUUUCAAGGCAGACUCCUUCCUUCCAGUUUGAUUUGGGUAAUUUUAUUCUGUCAAACAGGCAAAAAGAGAGAGAAGGGGGAAAAAAUUUUAGCAGCAUUUUAUAGACACACACAGUAAGAACAGCUGUGUAAGGAAGUAAAUCUACAGCUGAGAGAAAAUAUUUCUUGCUUCUCCCGACUUGUUUCAGGAGGGGGUGUUUGCGCUAAAGGCCCAGUUCAGACAGGAUACGGGAAUGUACUAGCCAUGACCGUGGUCAAAAAGAGUUACAGCUAGUCCAGUCCUGAUUCCAGUCCAAAGAGUCUGAAGUCCUCAUUUUUUUGAAGGGGUGCAAAGGCUCAGUUCUGCCCCUCCAAAUAACUACACCUGCAGUUAAAACUCAUACCACUUACACAUCUGCCUGCCUACAAAAACAGAGCCCAGCUUCUUAAAAUCAGCCCCUAAAAUAAGGAUCCCCUUUCAGCAUUUCCUCUUCUCCCCCCAAAGCAUCGUUUGGUGAAAGCAAAGCAUUUUUCCAAGCAUAUUUUCAUUCUUUUCCCUCUGUCUGUUUACAGAUUGUAAACUAGACUCUCUUGCUGCUAAAGGUAUAUUUGUAUAUUUUUUCACCAUAUUUAACUUGAUAAUAAUAAGCACAAAUUGUCUUAUGAAUAUACAAACGCUGCUUUAGUUUAAAAAGAGACAAGCACUUGCUGAUAUGUAUCUAGUUUCUAUUUGUAUCAGUGCUUGACUAUCGCUGAGGCCAGGUUCCCAUAUUUGCAGUGGCUCUUUCUUGGCCUCAGAAGAACAGCAAACAGAUUUCCUCUCCUUACAAGUGCCUAAGGGAAGGAGAUUUUCAAAACUGCCUACUGAAAGUCACUAGGCUGUGUGCUCCUAAAUCCCUUUAAAUGCUUUUGAAAAGCUCCUCCUAACUCUUUAGGGCAGGACAGAAGUGUCCUUAAGCAUUUGCUGGCAGGUCAAUAGACAUUUUAUGCAAUCACUUGUGACUGUUAGAAAGAAAUUAAAACUGUUAAAUACUGGAAGACUUUACAUGGCACGUGAGAAGAAUCUGCCUCCUGGAAGGCCCAGUUGAGUCCUUUCCUCGGGGUGGAGGGAGGUGCUCACAUGAGCAGACUUCAUUAGGAGUACUCACCAGCAUGAUUGGGCUUACGGGUUGUACAUUGUCUAUUUAUUGCUGAACCACCUUCAGUUUUAAGUAAACUAGAUAUAUACUGGAGAGCUGGUCUAGAAUUUGAGUUUACAUAUUUCUGUACACACACACAGUGCCCUCAAACCCCAUUGGAGCAUCAGGGGUUGGGCACCUGAAUGCUUUUCACAGGGUCAGACCCUUUUAGAUUCAGUGGGUGUUGAGGGCACUCAGCACUUCAUACAAUCAGGUCUUAGUGUGUUAGGGGUAUGGAAUACAUCUAAUUAAGAAAGGGUUUACAUAAACCAUUCAGUUCACCCACAAUGAUGUCCUUUACCAUAUCCCUUUUUCGAAUGUUCUAAAGCAGAUUCCACUGGAACAUAGUUUUAAACUAAGUAAAUGGUGACACUGAAUGUCACCAACUGUUCAGGUACAAGAUCAAUUCGUUUCUUACGUUUUAUAUUUGGUUCAGUGUUACUCAUGGUGUUUACAGGAUCCUGCAGUUGUAAGGUUUCUUUUCUGUAAUAAAGUGUUAUAAUUUA